UCGGACCUUUCACCUUUUCAGAAUAGAGUAAAUAACGUACGUACACGGUACAAACUACAAUACAUUAAACUUGUCCUCUGACGACUUUUAAGAGUGCUUGUUGCUGUUUUUGUGACUUUCGGAAUUACAUUUACAUGUAAAUAAUUAUUUUUAAAAUGUCUUCUGUACCCGUAUUAAUUAGGCUAUUAGCAUCUUCAGUUUCUGUUGCAAACAGAGCUGGAAAAAUCGUAAGAGAUGUUAUGAGCAAAGGAGAACUAGGUAUUGUUGAGAAGGGAAAAGAUGACUAUCAGACUGAAGCUGACAGAUCUGCUCAAAGGUGUAUAAUUGCAUCACUUUCGGCACAGUAUCCUAAGAUUAAUAUCAUAGGUGAAGAAGAUGGCAAUCAGAUUCAGGACUCUAAUGAAUAUUUAGUAAUGGACAGUGAUCAAGAGAUAUUAGCUAUAAAUUGUCCUGAAAGCUUAAAAGGUGUAGAGGAGAAGGAUAUUGUUGUUUGGGUUGACCCACUUGAUGGCACUGCUGAAUAUACUCAAGGUGCACUUAUGUUGAAGAGAGAUUCUUGGGAACAUUGGAAAUCUCUUUUGAGCCAUCCCUUUAUUAGUAUGAAAUGGUAUUUAAGUUUACUGCAAUCCAACUAUGGUUUCCUUGAACAUGUAACAGUAUUGAUUGGAAUAUCAGUUAACGAGAGACCAGUUGCUGGAGUCAUACAUCAACCAUACUACAAGAAUGUUGUUGGAAGUGACAAGAUAAUUGGUCGUACAAUAUGGGGUCUUCAGGAGGUUGGAGUGGGGGGUUUCACCCUGGCCCCCCCUCCUGAUUCCUUAGUAAUCACAACAACACGAAGUCAUUCAAAUGCAAUAGUAGAAAAUGCAUUACAAGUCAUGAACGCAAAACAGAUUUUAAGAGUUGGUGGAGCGGGUUACAAGGUACUACAAUUAUUAGAAGGGAAGGCAUCAAUUUAUGUGUUUGCUAGUCCUGGUUGUAAGAAAUGGGACACAUGUGGUCCAGAAGCUAUAUUGAGUGCCGCUGGAGGUAAAUUAACAGACAUUCUUGGGAAUCACUACAAAUAUGGAGCCUCUGAAUCAAGACCAAAUAAAACUGGUGUUCUUGCAGCUGUUUAUGAAGACUUACACUCGUAUGCCUUAAGCCGAAUACCACAAGAAUUGAAAGACGAAUUAGCAAAGUAAUUAUAAAUUGUUGUCAAAUGACCAUAUAUAUACAAAGAAUAUCAACUUUGUUAUGUUCUACUGGUCACACUAUGAUGGCUGUUUUCAAGAAUCCAGCUGAAAGGCACUGUGUCCAGGUCACGAAACUUGAAAAAAAAAAAUACAAACAAGCUUGCAUUCCAUGCCAUUAAAUAAAUUCAAAAUAUGUGG